AUGAGCUCCUCCAAAAAGCUUAUCCUGCUAAUGUUGUCAACUAUAACCCUCAUUUUAAUUACAGAGAGUCAAAGAACAAUACUAUCGGAAGAGGAGAAACUACUCAACCAUAUUAACAAACCUGCAAUAAAAAGUUUCCAAACCGAACAUGGUUUUAUAUUCGACUGCAUCGACAUUCAAAAGCAGCGAGCCUUUGAUCAUCCUUUGCUCAAGAACCAUUCUAUUCAGUUGAAGCCUACAACUAUACCUAAAUGGACCAGAGAUAACACCACCUCUAAAAGAUCUAGCUCUUUGCCAUUUCCACAAGAUGGCAUAACUUGUCCUGUUGGGACAGUGAUUGUUAAAAGAACUACACUUGAAGAGCUUAAACAAACUCAACGUUUGAAAUCAGUAGGAUUCUACCGUCCAACUUCAAAGUACAAGAAUGAAAUAACUCAUCGUUAUGCCUUUGGUGAUUACCAAUAUAAAAAUUACGGAGCAAAAGGAAACAUUAAUGUAUGGGAUCCGCCAGUCUUACAUGGUCAAUUCAGCCUUGCAAGUAUCUCUGUUGCGCGCGGCUCUUGGGAAAAAUUACAAAGCAUCUCAGCUGGAUGGAUAGUGUACCCAUUCCUGAACCAGAGUCAUAGUGUUUUGUUCACUUACUGGACUGCCGAUGGGUUUGACAAGACAGGUUGCUACAAUACAAAUUGUCCUGGGUUUGUACAAGUGAGCAAAAAGUUCGCUCUUGGAGGUCUUGUCAAACCACUUUCCACUUAUGAUGGUCAACAGUACCAUAUAGAAGUCAGCUUGUCUCAGGAUCCUAUUACUGGAGACUGGUGGUAUUUGCUAAGGGACGAGCCAAUUGGGUACUGGCCUAGAUCAUUGUUCAAUGUUGAAGGUUUAUCUAAUGGAGCAGGUGUAGCGUUUUGGGGAGGAGAAGUUUUCAGUCCAGCUAAAGAGAAGAGCCCAAGCAUGGGAAGUGGAUAUUACCCACACGAGGGUUACAAGAAAGCUGCUUAUGUGAAUGGUUUUAAAGUGAUCGAUCAUUUUACAGGAAAAGUUAAAAUUCCAAAAGCUUCAACUAUAGAUGUAUUCGCAGACUCCCCAAACUGUUAUGACGUUAAAAAGAAUAUAGGUAAAGGUUAUUGGUCUAGAGCUAUCUUCUUUGGAGGACCUGGAGGAUGCACAUAUAGUUGA